ACGUGGUUACACGUGCUGUGGCCCCGCCCCUCCCUCAGCGGCCGCCAUGUUGGUCGGCCCCGGCCGCUUGUGGCCGUUGUGUGUGUGUCGGCUGUUGAGGGUCCAGUGCGGGCGGCUGCGAUGGCAGCAGCAGCAACACAGCGGGCCGAAAGAGCCUUCAUCGGGUCGGAGAAGAGAAGAAGAACCAUCCGGGAGAGGGGUCUGUUGGCGGCGGGAGAAGGACAACUAUGAUCUGACCAAAUUCCCUGUAGAAAAUAUUAGAAAUUUCAGCAUCAUAGCACAUGUAGACCAUGGGAAAAGUACACUAGCAGAUAGACUAUUGGAAAUAACAGGGGCAAUAGUCAAGACUGAUCACAACAAGCAAGUACUGGAUAAAUUGCAAGUGGAACGUGAACGAGGUAUCACUGUCAAGGCACAGACAGCAAGUCUGUUUUAUCACCAUGAAGGAAAGACCUAUCUCUUAAACCUCAUUGAUACACCAGGUCAUGUGGAUUUCAGCUAUGAAGUUUCUCGAUCAUUGUCUGCUUGUCAGGGUGUACUGCUGAUAGUGGAUGCCAAUGAGGGAAUUCAAGCACAGACUGUGGCAAACUUCUUUCUUGCAUUUGAAUCGCAGCUAAAGAUAAUCCCAGUGAUAAACAAGAUUGAUCUCAAGCAUGCUGAACCUGACAGAGUUGCAAAACAGAUUGAAAAAGUCUUUGAUAUUCCUAAAGAGGAGUGCAUUCUGAUUUCAGCCAAACUUGGGACAAAUGUAGAUAAAGUUUUGGAAAAGGUUGUUAAAAAAAUUCCUCCGCCAUGUGCAAAUCUUUCAGACCCAUUGCGAGCUUUGGUAUUUGAUUCCACUUAUGACCACUACAGAGGAGUCAUAGCCAGCAUUGCACUGUUUGAUGGAUGUAUGCAAAAGGGUGACAAAAUAAUGUCAUCGUACACGAAGAAGGUGUAUGAAGUUAAUGAAGUUGGAAUCCUGAGGCCUGAUCAAUAUCCAGUAGAAAAACUGCAUGCUGGACAAGUGGGCUAUUUGGUUGCUGGAAUGAAGGAGGUGAAGGAGGCACAGAUUGGAGACACCUUUCAUUUACAGAAACAACCUGUGGAGCCACUAACAGGGUUCAAACCUGCUAAACCAAUGGUCUUUGCAGGAAUGUACCCCAUUGACCAGUCUGAAUAUACCAACUUGAGAAAAGCUGUGGAGAAACUAACACUAAAUGAUUCUAGUGUGACAGUUCAUCGAGAUAGCAGCCCAGCCCUAGGAGCUGGCUGGAGAUUGGGUUUUCUUGGACUUCUGCACAUGGAAGUAUUCAAUCAACGCUUGGAGCAAGAGUAUAAUGCCUCAGUUAUUCUUACUGCCCCCACUGUUCCAUACAAAGCAGUUCUGUCAUCAAGCAAAUUAAUCAAGGAAUACGGAGAAGAAGAAAUUACAAUUUUAAAUCCAUGCCAUUUUCCUGAUAGAUUGCAAGUUAAAGAAUAUUUGGAACCAGUAGUUACUGGCACUAUCCUCACUCCUGAUGAUUACAUUGGGAAAAUAAUAUCACUGUGUCAG